AUGAAACCAUGCGACCUAAACUACUCCGACAAGGAGGCAGCCCUUCCGCCGCCGUCCUCAAGCAGCUUCAGAUCGGAGAUCCAGAUUGAUACCGAGAUCCUUUACCUUCCACACCGCCGUCCUUUACCAAAUUACAUAGCCACCAAUCGCCGAUUAUUGAGGGCUAUGUUCAAAGCAAAGGCAUCCAUUUUCUUCUUCUCCAGCGCUAUCCCGACCUCAACUCCAUUACUGCCGUCUCUGGAAUCUGAGAAUGCAAUAGAACCGCCUGUUUCUAUGUGCACCAUCUCCAUUUUGCAGGGCUUUCCUAACCCAAACUCCAUAUCAUACAAUCCCAAUUUCGGAGCUCCUGCGAUUGAUGUUGGAAAUCGGGACAUGACCCAUUUACCCACUCCUCUUCCCCAAGCUGGUGCUGUCUUCAAUAGAUCGCUUGAUCACAUCUCUUUGAUUCUCGCUGUGAUUGCGUCUGAAGCUGCCAAAACGCCGUUUUCUCCUAGCAGUUCUCGUUUAUUGACAGAUACGAUACCAGGAGCCAUACAGUUGCCAAAGUAG